AUGGCAUCCCUCGCUGAGAUGUGCUCAAUCUGGCCAUAUGCUGGCGGUCAACAGGUAUUCACUCAAAAGCUUGCGCCUCCAAGCGUCCGGAGAUUCCUCUCAUAUGCUAUUGGGUGGGUUAUAUUUCUUGGUGAAAUUGCUACGGCAGCCAGCUGUACCAUGAAUUCUGCACAGGUUUGCAUAGGUAUCAUCCAGAUCAGCUACCCGGAAUGGCAAGCCACGAGAUGGCUGGAAUGGCUUAUGUAUGCCGGGCUUACAAUUCUGGCACUUGCUGCCUCGCUUUCCCAGAAAUACCUUCCAUUACUCUCACUGGUUGGGGGAUUUAUAGUCAUAGCUGGCGCAAUUGUGUGGGCUGCCUUGUUCCUCGCGCUGGCACCAAAGCAGUCCGCUAGCUUUGUUUUCACCGAGUUUUUGAAUAACUCGGGCUACGAAAGUCGUGGAUGGGUAGGGAUUAUGAGUUUCUAUACCCCAAUGUAUGCGUUGUAUGGAACGGAUGGGAUCCUACAUAUUGCCGAAGAAAUGAAAGACCCGGAAAGAAACGCACCGAUGUGGAGAAUAGCUUACAACUUCAGCAUUCCGUACGUUACUUGGUUUGUCGAUGUGCUUCAGAAUCCCGCUGGUGGGAUUGCCUUCGUUGUCAUAAUUCUGAUUGUGAUCAAUCUUUUUAUCUGUAUGGGCCUCAAUACAGCAGCGUCUCGUUUAACAUGGGGAAUGGCAAGAGACAAUGCCCUCCCAUUUUCGAACCUUUUCGUUCAGAUAAAUCAUAAGCUUGAUACACCUCUCAACACCCUUAUUCUAUCAGGAGUCGCGCAACUGAUUAUUGGCGUGGUGGUUUUUGGCUCCGACUACGCAUUUCAAGUAAUUAUUAGCAUUGGACUAGUCGCAAUCCAAGUUGGCUAUCUAAUCCCAACUUUCCUGAUUGUCGUCACCGGCCGCAAAGCAUUGCCGACACCACGAGCCUUUAACCUGGGUGUAGCCGGAUGGGCCAUCAACAUAUUUUCCGUCUGCUGGUGUUUGCUGAUCAGCGUUAUGCUUCUGUAA